CUGCGCCCUUUCGCCUCCCCAGGCGCAAUGAUGGCGCCGCUUGACGCGGCGCGCCCUGGUGAGGCCACGUCGCCUCCUUCUCCUUUCCCCUCGCCUAUAUAAACGCCCCAACCCCAUUCAUUCCUUCACUUCUUCGUGCGCGUCUCUCGAGUUUCACCAGUCAAGCUCCCUCUCUCUAGCCUUCCAGCCCUCCAAGUCAAGUAAGCUUCCUUCUUUCUUCCUUAGUUUUUUCUCUCUUUUCUUUGCCCUUCUCUCCGGUCAAUGUCUUCCCCUGAUAGCCAAGAUAUUUCUGCCUCGGAUGCCCGCGCAUCCGAGGAACCUCUUUCCUCUUCUUCUUCGACCGGGUCGUCUUCCCCCAUCCCUCAGUCCCGGUCGAAUCCAAACCCUAGCGUCCCUGAACCGCAGCCGCUAAACCAGAUGCCCGGUCACCUUUUCGCAGAGAGGGAGGAACCGGUUAAUGACGAACCGGCCCCCUAUAACCCGGAAAAAGAAACCAGGGAUCAGUGGGUGGAGAGGUUGGAUGCGGCCGGUUACUCUCCCCUUCCUACCUCCUUCGUUACUGACAUCUACCCCAACGUUUCCAAAAUAGCUUUGAAUAAGGCACGUAGGAACCUCCCGGUGGGCUACGUUCUCGAAUUCGACGUGAACUGGCCCAACAUCAUCGAACCUCACCGGGAGGAUAGAAUAGGUUUUCAUAUUGCUUCCUUAGAGAGCGGCACCAUUUUUCCCCUUCGCCCCCUCUUGGUCGAGGUUUGCCAGUGCUUUAAGAUCCUACCCGGUCAAAUUACUCCCAAUGCCCACCGGUUACUCAAUUCUUUUGCCAAUAUCUGCACCUUCCUUCACAUCGACCCCUCGCUUCGCCUCUUCCUUUACAUGUUCGAGGUCCGUCCCGGUAAGCCGGGCUGCGAAGGUUUCGUCUACUUCAAAGGGCGAAACAACCGAAAAUUCAUUUCUGACCUCCAACAAAGCAACCGUUUGUGGAAGGAAAAAUUUGUGUUCAUAAAGUUUCCCCCCUCCGUCACUCCUCUGGCCGGUCUGACGUGGAGCGAUAAUCUUCUCAAGCACCAAUUCACUGAGCCGCCCACCACUCCGGACUUGGAGGAGAGUCUAGGAAAGCUUCUGCAGGGAGACCCUAAUACCGGCCAGAUGUACCACUACGGGGGUUGGGUGUGGCACGUCCAACCGGGUGGCGAGGGUACCUCCCAGGCUCAUGAAACGGCGGGGCGCGGGGUACCCUCCCCGGGCAACACUGCGGAGGCCGGGGACCCGAGUCACCCAGAUAUGAAUUUCAGAGCCUACCAUAUGCCGAAGACUACCGGUGGUUCUUACUCUGCUGCCGGUCCGCGUACUUCAGCAGCACAACCGGUCCAGAAGGAAACUAUAGAAGUUCAUUCUGAAGAGGAAAUUCCUGAGACCGGGGGAGUUUCUCAAACCGGGAAGGAGACGGCGAAUUCCCCCCCCCCCCCAACAAAGGAAAGGGGAAAAAGAGAGUGAAGCAUGCGGCCACAAACCAUCCGUCGGCCAAAAAGAAAAGGGGGGAAAACAU